GUUGGCAGCUCAGCUGUCGUCGUGUCGUCACCCACUUUUUUCUUUUUCAAAGGACCGUCUGGCCUAGCACAUAAGAAUUUAAUUAAUUUUCCAAACUUUAGAACAAAAAAUUGACGAUGAAAGACCUAGCCGCUGAUAUUUGGAUCGCAAAGAAGGUCUACGAUGAUGCUGAAACGGCUCACUUUGAAAACCAAUCCAGGGCUUCCUUAACACCUCUUGCUGAAGAAGUGGCCAAAGCACGCCAGAAGUUAAUCGAAAGUAGGGACAUAUUUGCUAGUGGUGAUACUAGUGUUGGUUCUUAUGACGCAGAAGCAUUGAGCUUCAUUCAAAGGAAGGUUGUUGAUUUUGAAAAGGCUAUGAAUGAAGUCCUGAUGAAACUAAACACCAUUGACACUAGAGUUUCUGUCCUUGAGAAACUAGCAACUGUUGCUAAACCAGUAGUUCACGAAAUCAAUGUUGCCAAGCAACCACCAGCUCAACAGAAGGAUACCAAAGCUGACGAUGAUGAUGAUGUUGAUCUAUUUGCCUCAGAUUCUGAGGAAGAGUCAGAAGAAGCUGCCAAAAUUAGAGAGCAAAGAUUAGCUGCUUAUGCUGCCAAAAAAUCCACGAAACCAGUUCUUAUUGCCAAAUCAAAUAUUAUCUUGGACGUCAAACCAUGGGGUGAUGAUACAGACAUGAAAUCGAUGGAAGAAAAUGUAAGAAAGAUUGUAGCUGAUGGUCUUUUAUGGGGGCAAGCAAAAUUAGUGCCUUUAGCCUAUGGUAUCAAAAAAUUACAAAUAUCUUCCGUAAUAGAAGACGAUAAGGUUUCGGUUGAUUGGAUGACGGAAGAAAUAGAAGCCAUUGAAGAAGUUCAAAGUGUAGACAUUGCAGCGUUCAACAAAAUUUAAUUUUCUUUUCUCAAUUUUUACAAGUUUUAUUUUUUCACAUCUUAUGAUCUUUGAAUGAAUAAAUACAAUAUUUGACUUUUAG